AUGGUCAGGCACAGGCACGGGCACUCGGCGGAUUCGAUGUCUGUAUGGCGCAUGGAUGGUGGCGAUCGGCGUGGAUAGCCAUGAUGCGGCAGGCCGAGAUCGAGGAGUUCAUCGAACUGUGGUUCAUCGAGAAGUUGGGCCGGCGAUCGUGGUCCAAGUCCCGCAUGGAGCGCGUGGCCAUGGCCAGAGCCAUGGAUGACGAGUGGUGGCGGAAGGUGGUGGUGGCGGUCAUGAAGAGCCGCGCAGCUAUCAAGAUCAGGAGGCGACAGACGAUCAUGGGCUUGCGAUGGUUGACGGAUGACAGAUGGAUGGGCAUGGGGAGUAUCAUUGCUCUCGGCGGCGGCGAGGAGAUGGAGGAGCUGGCGCUCGAGCUGGUGGAGCUGGCCGACGACAACGAGAAGACCACCAUGCUCAUGGCGGCAGCAGUGAAGGGUUUGCCUCGUCUUGUGGAGCGAUUGCUGGAGGAGAGCGGCGUGGAUGCCGGACCCGAUGACGACUUUCCGCUCCGGGUGGCCGUAGCCGCCGGCCGUGCCGACAUCGUGGCGCAGCUGCUGGCCCAUCCGUAUGUCAAUCCGGGGGCAAAGGGCGGCUUUGCCAUUCGGACAGCUGUCACCGAUGGUCACACUGACAUCUUGAAGAUGCUCUUGGCGCAUCCGCGCGUCAGCCCGUCAUCCAUCUCCGAGACCGAGUUUGCCUUGCUGGCUAGCGAAGGGGACGCCGACACCUUGGCGCUCCUCUUCGCCCAUCCGCGCUUUAGCGUCCGGGCCAGGGACUACGACCUUGCCAUCGAUUGUGCCAUCCGCGAGGGGCACACGCACAUUGCCGAGCUGAUCGUUGGCAACACAUGGGCAUUCGAGUCCCGGAGCACCAAGAGCACCUUUGCGUGGGCAGCGAGGGAAGGCCACACCGAGAUUGUGCAGCAACUGCUUGCGAAUCCAGCUGUGGAUCCAUCGACAGACAACAACUACGCGUUGCAAGUGGCGAGCAUGGCCGGGCAUGCAGAGGUCGUCGCGCUGCUUCUGGCUCAUCCGCGCGUCGAUCCGUGUGUCAGCAACAACAUCUCUAUUCGGUUGGCCGCAAAGAACAGACACGACCACGUCGUUGCCUUGCUCGCAGCCGACCCGCGCGUCGAUGCCGCCGCCGCAAGCGGUCCCGCCCGUUAGCUGCUUUACUUAGGCGCCGCGGUUGAUGCCGAGGAGAGGGGAUCGCUCCAAGCGCUGGCUGUUGCGACGGCGGCGGAUGAUAAAGACCAUGGCGAGCACCA